UCUAGCGCGCGCCCCGCGCCCGGGACUGGACUGGAGUCGCGUGCAGCUCUCGGGGAGGCAGCUGGGCGUCCAGAGCCGCGGCCGCAGCGCGCAGUUGGCAGGGUCUCUCGCCUGGCCACGCACUUGCCUCCCCUGGGGCCUCCAGGAGCCUCUCGGCGCUCUCCUUGCCAGUCUGGCCUCAGCAGGCGCCACCAACAGUGGCCUGGGCUGCAUUUGCUGCUACUCGCUGUGCCCGGGACAGAGGGACGCCCGCCCUGUCACGUGUGUCCAAGUCCUUCGCCAGCCGCCAGCCGGGGCAGCGUGGUUCCCAUGGUUCAAGGCUGUUGAUGGAGAAGUGGGCGGAUGACAGCCGGGACUGUGGUCAUCACUGGGGGCAUCUUGGCAACUGUGAUUCUGCUCUGUAUCAUCGCGGUUCUGUGCUACUGUCGGCUUCAGUAUUAUUGCUGCAAGAAGGACGAAUCCGAGGAGGACGAGGAGGAGCCCGACUUCGCCGUGCACUCGCACCUGCCACCCCUGCACUCCAACCGCAACCUCGUGCUGACCAACGGGCCUGCUCUCUACCCGGCUGCCGCCACCUCUUUCAGCCAGAAGUCUCCACAGGUGCGAGCCCUGUGCCGCAGCUGCUCCCACUACGAGCCGCCCACCUUCUUCCUGCAGGAGCCAGAGGACGAGGACUUUGAGGGUGUCCGCAACGGCGGGGGCCGAGUGGCCUACAAAAGCAUCAGCCAGGAGGACGUGGAGCUGCCCCCCGCGACCUUCGGGGGCCUACAGGCGCUCAACCCCAACCGCCUCUCUGCCAUGCGGGAGGCCUUUUCCCGAAGCCGCAGCGUCAGCACCGAUGUGUGACAAGCCUCCGCACUGCCUAGGCAUCCAGCCCCGGGAGGUCUUGAGAUCAUGGCAGGAUCCCCAUGGCACACCCUGGCCCCAUGCCCAGACCUCUGCUCAGUCACGUCUUCCCUGUAUCCCUGUCCUAGGGCCUCUAGGCAUGGGGAACCCCCAGGCCCUCUACAAGAAUAAAGCCCAAUGAACCGGGUGUGGCAGCUGUGGGUGGGGACAGCUGGUACAAGCAGGGAGGCAGGGGUCAGGAGGGUAAGGCAAGGCUGUUUUGGGGCACGGGGGCCGGGUCCUGUUCCCAGGAUGUAAGAAGAUGUCUAAUGUGAACCCCAGCAACUUGCCUGUCUCUGGCUUCAUGGCUUUAGCCUGUCACCCCCCCACCAGGCCUUGGGCUACCUACCUGCUCAAGGGAACAGUGGCCUCACUGGCUACCAGUGGCCCUACAAGCAUGAAUCUUCCUUAGAGACCAUGGACCAAAUAAAUCUUCUGUCCCUUCACCGUGUCUCCCUUUCCCAUCCUUCUCCUCGCCCUCUCUCCAUCCCUUCUCCCGGCCUCCUGGUCUCAUAACCCUGAGCCUAGGAGACAAGCAUCCUCCCCAAGCUUGAAAUACCCAUUGCUCUGGCCUCCCUGAAGAUGGACAAGUCUCCCUGCUGAAGGGACAGCUUAGGAGACAGCAGUGUCCCGGGACGCUUGCUCUACCCCGAUCUGCUUUUCGAUGAGAUAAGAGGCACAGGCACAGGGGACACUACUCUGGGAAGGGUGACACUAAAAUUGAUACAGCCAGUACUUACCCUAAACCCAGUCUACCGACAGACACUUCCAGCCGGGUUAGAGAUGCACUGGAGGUGGCCAGCUGUGCACGAGGGGUCUCGGGUGUGACUCUCGGGCAGACCAUUGCAUCCAUGGCUUGCAUCCCCAUACAUGCAGUGGGGCAGGGCUGAAGAAAGCCCUUUGAACUCUGGUCCUCAGUGGGAACUGAGGUCCCUGGGGGAAGCUGAGCUGUAGAUCGUCCACUUUCUGAUUUCUGCUUGGAAUGAGGCCCCAGGCCCGCUAGUCAGAGCGGGCUGCCCCUGUGUGGAGGCCUCAUCUCCACCCAUGCUGCUCCAAGCCCUCCACUGGUUGAGGAAUUGGUGCCCCAAGCCCAGGACCCCAGCCGUCAGGAGUCCAGCUCUCUGCUCUGAAAGAGGCACCAUUUUUGGCAGCAUAGCCUCAAGAGUCUCUACCCCUUGGGGCCCUAUUUCAUCCCCAAGUCCGGCAGUGGAGCCCAAGGGAGCAAGUGCCCCCAUGAAGGUGCCUUCCUAUAAGACAGUGGCCACUCCUGAGUCAGAUGCCACAGCAGGGCCCACCACACUUACUACAGGCAGCUGAACCGUGCUCCUGGAGACCUGCUGCCAUUGGCUUUCCUAAUUUUUGUCUCCCUUUCUUUGUCCUGCCUCAGUUUGGUCUUGCUAACAGAACUCACCCUUAGAAUCACAGAAGUCCCUAACCUACCCCUUUCCCCUCUAAUACCUCUGUCCCAUUCUACCCAUGGCAUCUGUCCCUUGCAUCACUUGGGGUAUCUAUGAGUGAGGUAGGGAAGGGUGCUCUGCGCUGUUCUGUUUUUUUGUCUCUAUUCCUCCCCCUUUUAACCCUCCAUCUCUGUACAGAUCCAUAAACAUCUUCGAGGUGAAUUAAGCAUCUAUCCCUACCAGUUCACUCAACACCACCAUGGGACCUGCCAGGGAUCCACCCAGCACCUUGAAAGAAAAAAGCAAAAGCCAAUAAAUUUGUUUCCCACACCAUG